GCCGCAAGCUGGUCCCAGCCCCUCUGCCUACUUUAGGGCCAUGCGGGCUCGGAUCUGCCCAGAUGGACUAGGGAUAGAGGGAGAGUGCCACCAGGAACUGCCCACUGCUGAGGGUCUCUACUUUGCCAACCACACCGCCCCGUGCCCCCUGCACACCCAACCCCGACUCCAACCAGAUUGUGCCAUUAGGACAGAGGGAGCUCUCUGCCUUUGCCUUGAGUGACGCCGGUGCUCGGAGUCCAGCCUCACUGCAGACCCACCCCAUCGCCCCGCCUCUCCUCCGCCCGCCCCCGCUCUACCUGGCACGAUGGAUCGCUCUGUGCAGGAGCUCUUCCUCAACUUCAUGAUCGUCUUAAUCACCGUGCUGCUCAUGUGGCUUCUGGUCAAGUCCUACCAGGACGCAUGAGGUCCAGGAUGUGUUGGGUGGGAGGAGCAUAUUUUUGGCUAGGAUCCCCACCCAAAAGCCAUGAGAGGAAGCCUUGUGGGGUGUCAGGGCUUUGACACGGUGGCACAGUGUCGAGAUCCAGCACGCAAUUGCUCAUACACUGUCUCAUCCUGAGCCUCUAAAUGUUUAAUUGCUUUUUAGAUUAGUGUAAAAAAAA